AAUGAGCCUGGGACAUCAAGAGUUAACUGGCCUGUGACUAGAGAGAUGUGUACUCCCUCACUAGUGAGCCCACAGCCGUUUCCUGGUGGCAGUUCGUUAUAAGGGCUGCCCGCUCCGAGCCAGGCUGCAUGGAAGGCGCUUUCAAAAAGACCAUCUCCUUACAUCUCCCAACAGCCUUGUGAGGUGACUCUAAGAUCCAGCAUCCAAAAUGUGGCAGCUCUUGGCCACUCUUAGCUGCCUGGUGGUGCUGACCAAUGCCCAGAGCAGACCGCCUCUCCAGCUCCUGUCGGAUGAGCUGGUCGACUAUGUUAACAAGCGUAACACUACAUGGAAGGCUGGACACAACUUCUACCAUGUGGAGCCGAGCUACCUGAGGAGGCUGUGCGGCACCAUCCUGGGUGGGCCCAAGUUGCCCCAGAGAGUUUCGUUUGCCGAGGACAUGGUUCUGCCUGAAAACUUCGAUGCCCGGGAACACUGGCCUAACUGCCCGACCAUCAAAGAGAUCCGAGACCAGGGUUCCUGUGGUUCCUGCUGGGCAUUUGGGGCUGUGGAAGCCAUUUCUGACCGGAUCUGCAUCCUCACCAAUGGCCACGUCAAUGUGGAGGUGUCCGCCGAGGACAUGCUCACCUGCUGUGGUGACCAGUGUGGGGAUGGCUGUAAUGGGGGCUUUCCUGCUGAAGCUUGGAACUUCUGGACAAAACAAGGCCUGGUUUCUGGUGGCCUCUAUGAUUCCCAUGUAGGCUGCAGACCCUACUCCAUCCCUCCCUGUGAGCACCACGUGAAUGGCUCCCGGCCCCCAUGCACAGGAGAGGGGGACACCCCCAAGUGCAGCAAGAUCUGUGAGCCCGGCUACACCCCAUCCUACAAAGAAGACAAGCACUACGGAUGCAAUUCCUACAGCGUGUCCAACAGUGAGAAAGAGAUCAUGGCGGAGAUCUACAAAAAUGGCCCUGUAGAGGCGGCCUUCUCUGUGUUUUCGGACUUCUUGCUGUACAAGUCUGGCGUGUACCAGCACGUCACCGGAGAAAUGAUGGGAGGCCAUGCUGUCCGCAUCCUGGGCUGGGGCGUGGAGAAUGACACACCUUACUGGCUGGUUGGGAACUCCUGGAACACUGACUGGGGCGACAAUGGCUUCUUUAAAAUCCUCCGGGGACGGGAUCACUGUGGAAUCGAAUCGGAAGUUGUGGCUGGAAUCCCAUGCACUGAGCAGUACUGGAAAAGGAUCUAAUCUGCUGUGGCACUGGUCUUGCCAGCCCCGGGGCAGUUUUUCCCUAAAUCGAGCCAAUUGGGCUGGUAACGGAGGGUAGGAAUGUCUUUUAUUCUUUGCAUUCAGUUGAGAUACAAGAGGUUUUGGACAGGGCCUGAAGGAUUGGGCCAAACCUCGUGUCUACCGUCAGACUGUCUUCCAAGGAGACACAUCCGAAGCCUGCCACCUUCCGGCCCGUUCAGUGGACCUGCUGUCACAGUGCACACUUAGCCCACGUCAGCGCCCGCUGCAGGCACGGCGAGGCCUCCCCCGUAGACUAGUGCUGCGCGUAGUGCCUGCUGCUCCGACUCCUGCGGCCGCCACCUCCACGCCGCCCCCCCGCCCCCCCAACCCGCGUGCACCAGGGAGCGAGACAAACAUCCACAUGGGCCUGUAGGCUUUCCACAGGAAUAGGAAGUGGAGUUCCUCACAAGACAGAUUGCCACCAGCGGCAGUACUUCUGAGCGAGGAACUUUCUAGAUUUGGAGUAAGUUGAGGAGGAAAAUAGUGCGGCAGCUCUCUGGAGAAAGCUGUUCUCCCAGGGCCCUGCAUCCCUUGAGCUUUGCAGUACUGCACCCCCUCUCUGGUCUUCUCCGUGGCAUGGCUCCUUUUUAAAUAGGGGUUUUUAAUUUUGUGCACCUCAGCUGGUCAUACGGACAAACGAGGAAACUUUUUGGAAGAGCUGGCCUGCUUCACAGGCUGUCUCCUUACAACAAAACCGGGUGGUCGUGAGCGAAUAGGCCUAUCAGCCUGACACAGUGGAGUUGUUUGGGAGAAGCCAGCUUUAACCGUUUAAAAAAUCACUGCUUCACUCUGUUAAUUUAACAAGGAAGGGAAUGACGGUGCCAAUAAAAGUUUGCUCCCUUAA